CAUUACUGGCACUGUUAUUGGAGGGGCUGAAGUUGCUAGUGCAGUUCAGUGGUAUAAAACCACUACUGCACAAUUAAAUAUUCAGAAUGGUCUUGAAGAGAUCAGCAUGUCUAGUACUGAAAAGGCAUGUAUAUAUUAUGCAAGGCUAUUUAUUUUUGAAUUCAAUUUUGUUGUGUAUAUAUUAACUUGUAAUUUUGAUCUAUAAUAUUGAACGGUAUUGCAAAAUAUUUUAGGAAUUUCUCUUACCAAUAGGAGUUGUUGGGUAUUACAUUGUUGCAAAGUAUACUCCUAUGACUCAUGAUGGUACAUCAGGUGAACCAGUGUUUGUUACCUCAGAACAAGUUGUUAAGGGUGAAAUUCAUACUCAAAAAAAGAAAGUUCGAGGAAAAAAUCAGAACAAGAAAGUAGCUGGGCUCAAAAGUGGAGAAAAGCUUCCAGUUAUAUUCUACAAUAAUCGAGCAGUGGGAGACAAUCAUCAACUAUGGUCAAGGCACUUGGGAAGAAUUGUGCGUGAUCGAACCAUUUGUCCUAUACAAGUAAAAGCUUGGAAAGAAAUAGGGGAAAAUGAAAAAAAUCACAUGUGGGAAGCAGUUAAGGAUAAAUUUGAUAAUCCCGACAUAGAGUUGUAUCGUGACCACACCUUGGAACAUAUGAAUGUUUUGUGGUCGAAUUGGAGAUCAAGUUUGAAUACUAUGUAUGUUAAACCUUGCACAACUGUUGCUGAGGCUUUGAAAAAUAAGCCACAAAGUAUGGAUAAGGAGGAUUGGGAAUGGCUUCUGACUAAGUAUUUUUUAACUGAAGAUUUUCAGGUAUGAUCAAAUUUUAAAAUUCAAAUGCAAAAUGGUUUUAAUGUUGUGAUUCUUUAUUAUUACAUAUCUCUUAUGAUUAUUUUUUGGUUCUCAUAUAGAAAAUAAGCUCUCAAGCCUCUCAAAAUAGAGCUAAAUCUUCAAUGCCUCAUCGCACUGGUAGUAAGCCUCAUAGAGAGAUUAUUUAUGAAAUGGUAAUAAAUUUUAAUUUAUUUAUUUAUGAUGUUUAUUGUUCAAUAUAAUUUUCUUGAUGAUUUUAUAUAUAAUUUUCAAAAGGGAGGAAAAGAAGGUAAUCCACCUGAUAUGGGAAAGAUCUUUUUCGAAACUCGAAAGAAGAAUGAAAAGUUUGUUGAGCCUGAAACUGAAGAAAAACAUGUAUGUUCUACUACUUUAACUUUGAUUAAAGUUUCUUUGAGUAGUAUUAUCCUAUUCUAUUUUAAGUCUUUAAAUUUUACAGGAACAAAUUGUAGAGACCAUUCAAGCAGAGCCAACACUUUCUAAUAUUGAGGUAAUUGAAAAAUGUUUUGGAGCGCAACGUCACAGCCAUGUGUUUGGCUAUGGGGGUGGAAUCAAACGGAAGAACUUUAAAGAUCCUAGUAAAAAGAGGAUGGAAGAGCUUCAAACUAAACUUAAUGACAAGGAUGAAGAAAAUCGCAUCCUAAAGAGGCGCAUUGUAGAGUUUGAAGAAAGAUUGCGAAGGAUUGAAUCUAUGAUACAACAAAACCCAAAUGCUUCAACUGAAUUUUCCCCAUCUUCUGUUGAUGAAGAUGUUGACGAGGUUCUAUUAUUUUGAAGUCAUUGAUACAUUUUUCUUACUUUGCAUGUUUCCUUGGUUGUGUGCCUUUUUUCACUUGAGAUUCUAUUCACUUUAUGUAGGGAUUUAUUUUAUUAUUAUUAUUUUAUGAUGUAAGUCUAUUUUUAGAGACAUGAUUACUUUUGAUCCUAAAGUUUUUUUUUUCUUUACUGAAUAAUUUAAAUAUUUGCAGGACAAUGUUCAAAGCUAGACUAUAUGAAGGUUUUUCGACAACUUCUUAUUAAAUAGGUAUGAUAUUCUUAAACCUCCUAUACAUGAGAUUAAUGGUGAACUUAAUUAAUCACAAACAAUAUUGAUUAUUGAGUAGAGAUAGUAUUAAUCAUGGGAUUAAUGUAUUCAUGUUUUUAUGGAGCUUAUUGAUGUGUUCAUAAUGAUAUGUUGUGUAUGCUGUCACAUAUUAGAAUAGGUAUGCAUGCAAUACCCUUCUUGCUUUUGCUAUGUAGGCAAGGGGUUGAUAAAGAUAUGAUAGGAGUAUAGGAUGAGAAUAAAUAACCUCUGUUGACUUUAGCAUUUACAUGGAAUCAAGAACAUGCAAAAAUGUU